AUGAAUACAAAAUACGAAUUAGCCCAGACAGCAUCCCUCGCUUCAUGCUUGUAUUUCGCUGCUCAAGUACUUUGCUCAACGGCUCCUGUUCAAGAAACUUGUACUAAGUCCGUGUUGGCAGCAAUUGUGGUGGAAGCCCACAAAUGUGGGCAAGUGGCAAAGCGGUCAAAAGUCAGUCCUUCUAUUGAUAUUCGAAAGCUUCUUACGAGAUUGCAAAGUGAACAGAGCAAUAAAUCUUGUCCUUUAGUGAAUCUUAAUGUCGCUGAUUUGACGUGGGAUUUUGAAGGGGUGGUAGCAGAUACGUUGGCAAUGGAGAUUGGGGAAUUGCAAGACCGAGCAACAUCGAGUGCUAUAAACGUUUGUGUCGUGCUGACGGUGACAUGCCAAUUACUAGCUGGUGGGCAUUCUGUGAUUUGGUUCCCUCCGGAAAGCUUGUGCAGUUUUGGAAGUAAGAAACGUCAAAUUCUACUUUACGUGUAUCCCGGACGCGUAAAAGUUGUGAAAAGUACGAACGAUUUAAUUAAGGUAAUGUACGACGAACUGCCUGUGCUGCGCGAGAAACGAGCAACAUAUAAUGUUCGGGCAGUCAUUUUGGGCUCAAAGUCACAAAACCAACAAGACGAGGAGCGUGAUUUUGUUCGAUUGAGUGGUCUCCAAGAGCAUCCAGAGAACCAAAAGGUCAUUGAUAGCACUCCGAUGCCCACAAAAAGCCUGAAUGAUUCUACCAUGAGGCGGUCAAGUGUACACAAUACUGAUCAGCUGUGCUUUAUAAAUCCACCAACCGAUAAGUUUACCGAAAAUAACAACAACCCAAAAAUGAUCGCUGCAUGCUCCACGCAUAUUGAUGACUUUGCUGCAACAAUCCCAGAACCACGAAAUGAUGAAAACGAUGACGUGAGCAGCCUUCUCUCUCAGUCAAGCUUUCCUGAUCAUACUGAGGUUAUGCACACCGAAGCAUACUUGACCUCUUCGAUAUUUUCGUUUGCCUUCCAGCAGCAAAACUUGACAGAACCACAAGGGAAUGUCAGUGGACAAUUGAACAACAAUUUUUGUGGUGCCCCAAGUAUUACAAAAGCUGAAGUCGCUAUAAAAAUGGAGUUCAAAGGAGCUCCUGUAAAUCGGGCACACGUUGAAGAUGUUUCCUCUCAGCGCCAAAUCAUACAACCCAGAAGAACUUUCCUAUCAUCGUCACUUGCUAAUCUUACAACGGUCACCAAAGAGAAAUUGUUUGAGGCAGAUUUAGGGUCAAACCUCGUAGCUCAUGGAGUAACGUGGCAAAGCUAUGAUAGCAAAGUGUUCAGAAAGACAGCGCUGCCGCAGCAGCGAGCAAAAAGUCCUGGUUCAAAUGUGGCAAAGAUGAAGGAUUUGGCUGCUACCGCAUCGUGUAAUGUAGAAGAUAAACAAAUAGGAUUGGUAUUAGAUCAACACAAACUGAAAUCUCAAUUUGAAAAAGAAAGUGAUGGACAGCAUGGUCAGUUAUAUGAUGACAGCGGAUCAACAAACGAGUUUAACGCUGAUAAGAGACUUGAAUGCGACAAAGUCCAGCCUGAACAGCAUGAACCUUGCACGUAUUCGUCCGACAAGCCUGUUCAGCAUGUACCUUGCACAUAUUUGCCCGACCAGGCUGAUACUCGUUCUUCUUAUGGAUGCUUCUCGUCUAGUACUAGUCCAGAUACGAAUAGUAUUGAGACAACUGUUAGUAUAUCUCGUGCGCUCGGUGAAGGCUUCACAUGCGAUAGUGAAGGUGUUGAUGAUGCCUUUCUGAAUAACAUGAAUGAUGAAGCUCACGCGGUCGAUACGUCAAACAUCAGUGUGCCCAAUAGCGACAAAGAUAUCGCGUCCGAUAGUGAUGAAGAUGUUGUGUCUGAUAGCGACGAAAAAACUGUUCUCGCUGUCCAAACUGCUGCGGUCGACAUGAUCAAGCAGACUCAGUCGCUCAAACUCAGAUCAGCGGAGCAAAAGCCAAUAUCACGAUCCGACUACAGAGAUAAGCUCGGGCCUCAAAUCUGGUGGGAGCUUGAGUACACGGCUAAGAAACUUGAGCGUGAAGAGAUGAUGGAGCGGCGUCAACAGCAGCACAAUCGUCACAGGCAAGAUGAUUAUCAAGAUGGAAAAUGCGCUUUCACUCGGAAUAUACGACUAGCAGGGUCACAAGAGAUGAAACAUAGUCGAUUGAAUAACCCGAGAGAAGAGAAAAGUGUGGACCUUAACUAUGAACUGCAUGACUCACGAAAUUUGACUCAUACUGAAGCAAGUCAACCUGCUCAAAUAGAUACAUUCAUUAACGAUGAAGAUGAAUUUGUCAGCUUUGAUACAAUUGCAAACGAUUCAGCAGAUGAUAGGGAUUUCAAGUUACAAAAUGAAAGAACGGUGCCUUCUUUCGAGAGUCAAACAGAUAAAUUGGAUGCUGGGCUUCUUGAGGGCUUUUUAGAGCAAAAAAGUAAUAUUUCUUUAUCCCAAAGAAAUGAUGUAGACUAUCUAGUUCCAGCGUCCGUCUUAAAAUCGCGCGAGGAUUCUUAUGUGGUAUGCACAUCUACGACGAAUUCUUCCGCUUUAGUGCCAUCUUUGCCUGACCAACCCAUUGAAGUAAAUUUGAUGGAACCAAAGCAGCAACAACUUUUAGGUACGUCCCCCGUACAUUGUGCCUUUGUGGAGCGUUCAUUCAUACGGCCCCAGAUAACUACAUUCACAUCUGCAACUCCUGUAGCCAGCAAUAAUAUGGGGGUUGACGAUGAAAGGUUGACACAAUUGAUGUUGACGAGCACCAAUCGAGAUAGCAAAAGCUUUUCUUCACCCGCAAAAAAGGAAGAUCUGAAUACGUCGACGUCAAACAAUGUAUCCGCUAUUCCAUUUACUGUUCGUGGACGCGUACCUAUUCGAAGUCGAAAUUGUUCAGCUUCAAGUGAGCUUUUGAGUUUCAAACAGAGUCCUACUUACAUUGGAUCGAAUCAUAGCAGCGUUAAAUCUAAAGUAUCGACUACUGCCAGCCCAUCUGAUCACUUUGCGUCAGCAUGUCUCCACCAUCGAUCCCCUGCACGUAAAUCAGCUCCCAUCGCAACAUUUGUCCCCCUAGAGAAUAGCGCUGUGGCUUCCCGUGAACUAAAGCUCAACGAGCUACGACAAAAGAAGCUACAGAAAUUACAACAGGCGCGAAGUUUGGCACUUCAACAGCAAAACGGAAAGCAAAGAUUACGUCGGCCACUGUCAUUUGCCAGCUCGUGUUAUACAAAGAAAGCAUCAAAUCGGCAGCUAAUACAAAACGCUUUGGAAUUUACGCUUUUAGCAGGUGGUUCGAUGGAGAAUGACCGCACGCUGGCCCUACAGGCUUUAGCUGAAUCCACGUGCGACAACUUUAUUGUCUUGCUUAAGUCUGCAAAAGAAUUAAAAUUUCGUGCCCUUUACGAGGCUUACGUCGAUCGUGACUCCGCCACUCGAAUUUUCUCGCUGCUGCCAAGUACUUCGUCGCGAGCUCCUCUGAGGAUUGGCAACAGCGAAAUGAUCGCGCAGUUUUUUAAGUACAGUUCCGCCAAGAAACAAUUUUUGCCUGUUCCCACGCGAUCCUUCACGAUUAAGACUGACGCUUGCGCACUGGUUGAUCAACACAGCAACAAAGGAAGUUUGAUGUCGCGCUGA